AGUGGUUAAGGGUUUAUGAAGCAAUAUAAUGUAUAUGAUGCCUUUAGCAAAAUAACAAACCCAACAACGUCAAUAGAAAUUUGGAAAUAUUGCGACACUGACUCGAGAGUCAGGAUAUAUCCCUGUAAACAUAAACACAACAAAAUCAGGAGGCAAGAACAUCCUUGAAUCUCCUCAAAUGAAUCUCCUAUACAAAAAAAAAAGCCAAAAAUUAUGAACAAAAUCCCUCCUAAAUCUUGCAAUAAGCCAUCUUUCAGGAAGUGCUGCAUUUAUCUCUGUCUUUCGGCAUGUUUUCCUGGUUCUCUGAUACGAAUUACCUCAAUCGGUUUUUCCUCUGCUCAACACUUAUGUUCAAAUGGAUGAGUAAUAAAACCAGUAUGGGUAUUCUUGAGUUGAAUCAUAUUCACUUGCCUAUUCUUCUCUUGUUAAAAUGUUCCUCUAGGAGUGAAGGGAGAGGGAAUGAAUGUCUGCAGCUGACAGUUCCCUAUAAUCCUUGCGGAUGCUCCAGAGAAUUUCUGCGCACUUCUUCAUGGUCGGCCUAUUCUGUCGAUGAGGAGCUAAACAUUGCGAGGCUAGUUCAAGGAUUUUUUCUAGAGCCAAACUAUUUGCAGCAGUCCUUUCCAGCUUUGGAUCCAAGAUUAAAAUUGCAUCUCCAUGAGCAAACUUCUUCAUAGCCUACAUUCAGACCAAUCCAGAUCACAACAGAAGACAAUAUCAUUAUUUCUUCACCUUAACUGGAUGGACCUCAUUGUUAAACAUGACACAAUCUGCUUUUGAUUUUUCUUUCUUCCUGAUAUGUUGUCAUAUGACUCAUAUCAACAAAUGUUAUAAUUAUUGACACAUUGAAAAAGAAAUCAUACCCAUCGGGCAGUUAUGCGCUCCU